CUGGCGGCGAGGACGGAAACGGCGAGCUGACGCGCUGCUUUCGCCUCAACACCGACAGCGAGAAGCUAGAAAACCUACGGCACAAGAAGGAGCUGAUCCGUUCACACAGGGCUCAGAGAAUCACAAGGUUAGAUGCUAACGUUAUGUCGGGUUCGUGUUGAAAAGCUUUGAGCCAACGAUUGCGUCAUCGGUUUAGACGUGCUCAACAAUUGCCUUGCCCUUUUUCCUCCCCCCAGCAAGUUUAUCUCCCAUGUAAACAGUUUACAGGCAAAUUAAGUGUAUCUCUUUAUCAUUGUUUCUAUCUAUAGAGUUUAAUCAAGGUUGGGCUGGGUUGGUUUUUUUGUAAGCCUUAGGGAAUUGUAUAAGCAUGAUUAAGUUUUUUUUCAUUGUUGAGCCACAUUCAGUUUUGUUAGGCUUAAACAUUGAACCCUAUUUCAACUUUGCCUUCGAUUGUUGGUUGUUGUUGUUUUUUAAAGUUACAUUUGCUUUUUACUGGAAGUAACCAAACAGGAUUUACACUCACUGUCACUAUUGCCUGAAUCUUGUAUGAGGUCUGUAGAUAUUUCGUUAAAUUUAUUUUAUUUAUUUAUGCUAUCAUCACUUGUUUACAUUAUCUUUCAGUUAUAUUUUCUCUUUUCAUGUGCGAAGCGGAGUUCGAUGGAUACAGAUCAUCAAGCUUUAAUGCAUGAAUCUGUAACUAACAUUACCAACAUUGUGUUCACCGAGUAGUUUAUGUACCGAUCUGUUAAGACCAGCGAUAUGGUACACGGCAAAUGGUCACUUGAGUUACAUUAAAGGCGUUUUGGGACGAUAGAGGAAUAUAUCUGGUAUACAAUGACAUUGAAAUAAUUCUAAAAAAGUGAUGUGUUGCCUUCCCAUCGGGCCCUAAUCAUGUAAACCUCUUGUAAUUUUUUCAGACAAAUUUCACUUGUCAUCCUCGUAAUCUUCCCCCUUGCCCCUGUGUUUAAUUCGACCAUUGUCAUCCUCGUAAUCUUCCCCCUUGCCCCUGUGUUUAAUUCUACCAUUGUCAUCCUCGUAAUCUUCCCCCUUGCCCCUGUGUUUAAUUCGACCAUUGUCAUCCUCGUAAUCUUCCCCCUUGCCCCUGUGUUUAAUUCGACCAUUGUCAUCCUCGUAAUCUUCCCCCUUGCCCCUGUGUUUAAUUCUACCAUUCUCCGUGUCCGACAGCACCCGUCGCAGCACCAAACUUGCCCGCACCUUGUUGUGUACCAGCGACAGUGACUGGCAACCAAGGGAGAGUCUCGACCUCAGCAGAUUCCUGCCGCCUCACUACACAACGUCCAAGAAAGUCCGCGAGCUCAUCGAGGUACAGCAAAUACAUAGGCUGAGUUUACAUAAGAUGCAUAGGCUGAGUUUACAUAAGAUACAUAGGCUGAGUUUACUUAGGAUACAGAGGCUGUGUUUUUAAUUGAUCAUUUUGACUGGCGAUAUUGCAUCCAUUCAUAUAACAUUACAAACAGGGCCUUCGCGUUAAGCCCUGCAACCCAUGCAGCUGCACUGGGUCUCAGAUAUUUCAGGCGCUCCUAUCUGUAAUGCGGCCAAUAUUGAUUAAACUAUCAAUUUUGAAAGCAGGGGGGGGGGCACAAAACAGAACAGUAACAGGGUGUCUCCAAAAGUUAAAGUGACGGCCCUUAGUACCCAUUAAUUAGUUUGUGCUAUGCUUAAAUGAAUUUGUAAUCCUUUUUUUUUUUUUUAAAUUCAACAAUCGUAACAAUGUUUGUAACAUAUAACUGAAUAUAUUUGAUAGACCUAAUACUGAAGUAGGAUACUUACUUUGGAACAUAGAAGCUAGGUUCAAAAAGGUCAUCCACAAAAAAAAAGAUGGAAAUACAGCCCCCCCCCCUCCCUCCCCCCAACCCCUCAGGAAAAAAAGCAAGAAGAAAAUUAAAAAUUUACAAAUAAAUGCAUCUUUUUUUUUUUUUUUUGCCAUGUUUAUAAUUAAAAAUAUUGUUUGUAUAAAUAUUUUCUGGACAUUUUGAUUAAAUAUAGCCCUUAAGCUACGGUGUCCUAAAUGUUAAUGUGACAAGAGAACACGUGUAAUUCAGCUAUACAGCACCUGAGCAGAAGCUCUAAGUUCUGUGCUCACACUUUCUCUUUCAUAGGACAAGCAGAAGAAGUUGUGGCACACGCCUUACUAUGAGAACGAGGUCAAGUUAAAGCAGCUGUACAUCAAAAUCUGCAAGAACUUACCGUCCUAUGGAUGCAAGCUUUUCCAGGUCAAAGAAAUCCUGCGGGGAAACACACAG